AAUUUCAUAACCUCCAAAUUCUAAUGUAUUUCUUAACAGGUAUACAUGCAUCGUGUGUGCAAUGUGAGAAACAAGUCAAUUUUGUUUUUUGUUGUAAAUAAAUUUUAGAACGUUGUUGCAAUUAAUGAAUGUUACAGAUAUUAGGUUAAUGAAAGGAUAACAUCAUGAAAUCUGGCGAAAUUAGAUGGAACAUAAUACCAAAUACAGUUGCUGACAGAAUGAUAGAUUCCUCUUUGACGCAUAAACUAGUACCAUCUAAAAAAUUAUCUCGCAGAAAUAAAGCUAUGAAUGUUAUGAUUAAACAGCUUCAAAACUUAAAAUCGUACAGGCAAUAUGUUGAAAUAAAGACUUCAAUUCUUCGAUGUUUGACAGAUAAUAGUGAAACUGAAGAUAAUGCUAGUUUUAGUGAAGAUGAUAAUUCUUUAGCCAAUUAUACACAACUAAUGUCUGAAAAAAGAAACAACUAUUUUUUAAAGGAAUCUAAAAUUAGUGAGAAUGACAAUAUAAGCCCUAGAAGAAAAUCUACACAAAAAUUUAAACGGACGUCAUUUAUAACUUUAGGAUGGCAAAGAGUUGUUAAAUCUGAAAACACUUCUUUGACAAGAAAAUCAAAUGCAAAUAAUUUUAUAUAUGAUAAUGAUAAUAUUAAUGAAACUUCUUCUGCAACAAAUAAUGUUAAAAAAAAUACACAGAAUAAGAUGAAUACACUUACUAAAAUAAACUGUACUAAACAAAAGGAAAACCAACUGCCCAUAAAAAAUGAAACAAAUGUUGCAACUGUAGUACAAAAGGUAACAAACAAUAAUGAUGAAUCAGAACAAUCAAAUUCUUUGUGGAUAAAUGAUAUCAAUGAAGAACUUCAGUCAGAUGAAAAUCAUUGUUAUAAAACACUUAACAGUUCUGACAUUAAAACAUUAAAAGAUUUGCCAGCUUCAUUAGAUAAUUUGAAUGAAAUUCAGAAUAUUAAUGAUGAAAAUAUGCCUUUUGAUCAAAAUUGUUCUAAUCAGAUGAAACAAAAUUCCAAUAUUACAGAAACAAUUAUGAAUGAGACCUUAAUUAUUAGUAAUACAUACCAACCAAAAGACUCUGGUAUUGAUGAAGAUACAGAAGAAGAAUGUUUAGAAAAUGGAAAGACUCAUAAAAUAUCUAACAAUGAAAUCGAAGACAAAGAACAAGAUACAUCGAGUACUAUUUCUGUACUGAAUAAUUUGAGAAACAGUGAUAAUGAUCUGAAAUCUGAAACUUACAAUAUGUCAGGCAAAAAAAAGUAUUUUCAAGAUACAAUUGAAAAUAUAAAUGCAAAGGAAAAAAUGCAAGCAAAAAAACCACAAUCCAUAAUUACUCACACAGAAAUUGUUAAUAGAAAAUAUAAAAUAAUACCCUCUAUAUCUGUAUUUACUGAAAAUACAAAACCAGAAGAAUUAAGCAUAAACAAUUCUUGUGAUGAAAAAGUUGAAAUAGAAGAAACAAAGCAGAUACAAGAUGAUAUUUUUCAUUCAACUGAAAUACAAUUAUCACAAUUUGGAAGAUUAAAUUUAACAGUAGAUAGUGAUUCUAGUACUGUAGAUAGUGAUUCUACUUUUGAAAAUAUGAUAGAUAAGCUAUACAAAAGAUCUGCAAGAGAUUCAUCUCCAGAUAUCAAACAAUCAUUUGCUACUAAUAAAUUUGCUCAAGAUAAAUUGGAUUUAAACUAUGCAACAAGUUGUGUUUUUGAUAAAAAAAAGAAUAUAAAAGAAUCAAAUGAAAAGAAUUUGGAAAUUGGAAGUAUGAUACAACCUGUAGACAAGAAAUCAACAUGCGGCAGACCAUACAAUUUACAGGAAUUUGUAAAAAAGGAAAAUUUAAUGCCUAAAACAACAGAACCUUCUUUUACAUUGAAAGAUAUAGAAGAAGAAGAAGAACAAGCCUUCAUUACAAUUCCACGUUCGAUACUUGAAAAUAAAUUAGUAGGAAAUAAAAUAGUUUUAACAGAAAACACAUUAAAACUUGGAAAAGAAAAAUAUAAAAUCAAGCAUAAAAAUAAAGAUAACAUGUCUUCUAUAUUUGGUAGAAAGGAUUCAAAAAUACCCUACAAAAUAGUAAACAUUAAACCAAUAGCAAGUGUUGUGACACAAGGAAAAAUUACAAAAACUAAUGAAAUCAAAGAUGAUGUAAUCCCAAAGAAGAGGCACUUACAAUUGGAACAAAAUUUUAAAAAAAAAAUUAAGAAAAAGCAUUUAAAUAUUGAUGAAUAAAAUAUUGUAUAUAUAACUCACAAGUGAGAAAUCAUGCAUUUGUACAAAUUUAUCUGUUAAUAAUACAAUUAAUAAUAUAAAUAUUGGAUAAUAGAUAAUUCUAUAAUUAUCAAUC